ACCUCAAUUGUCUCCUCAUGCUCCCGUCAACCAAAACACAAAUUCACUCAUUUUCACCUGAAAUAUAGAUUUCAUAGAAAGAAGAAGGUGAAAAGAUGGCGAUUUCAGUGAGCAGAGCAUCUUGGAUUGUAGCUGCAAGUGUUGGUGCGGUUGAAGCGAUGAAAGAUCAAGGAGGAUUGUGUAGAUGGAAUAAUGUGUUAAGAUCUCUCCAUCAAAAUUUCAAGAAUAAUAUGGGUUCUGAAGCUAACAGAAGGAUUUCUUCUUCUUCUUCUUCUUCUAUUGCUAAUUCUGUUGAUAUAUUGAGGAAAGGGAGGAGCAUUGGAGAGAAAGCUAAGCAGUCUGAGGAGUCAAUGAGACAAGUCAUGUACUUGAGCUGCUGGGGACCAAAUUAG